UGUCCAUGUGUCCACAGGGCGCAGCUUACCAGAGUCUGUGAGAACCGCGUGGUUGUCACAGUGUGACCCGUUUCAUUAUUUACACACGUCCACGGAGCUGUUUGUCACAGAGUAAAACAUCGUUGCUUUUGUCGAGCAGAGUAGAGGACAAACUUUUACUUUUCAAGUAAACUAAGAAAGAAAGAAAGAAAGAAAGAAGCGGGUGGAAUAAAGAGUCUUUCUUCUGUCUGCACGGUUAGGAAGACUUUGCUGGAUUUGUGUGUGAAGACUGGUCCUCCUCCUCCUCCUUCCUCAUCCUUCCAUCCAGGUUAGGUGCCUCAGUGUAACCACCAUCACCUGCAAACAUGACACGAAGGUCGUGCGCCAUCUAUGCGGUCGGGCUCACCUGCGCCCUGCUGCUGGUCACCGGGAUUGCCUUAUUUGCGGCUCAAACUUUCCGCAACAUCAUGCACAACCGCCUCAAAAAGGAGAUCGUUCUAGUUGAGGGCAGCCGUGUGUUUGAGUCAUGGAAAACCCCUCCCCCUCCCGUGUACAUGGAGUUCUUCUUCUUCAAUUUGACCAAUGUGAACGAGUUCCUUCAAGGAGCCAAGAUGGAGGUCAAGCAGGUUGGACCCUACACAUACAGGGAGUACAGGUACAAGGAGAAUGUGAGCAUGGUGGAAAAUGGCACAAUGGUGUCUGCGUACACUACCAAAAGCUUUGUGUUCCUGAGAGAGAGGUCAGUGGGUGAUCCAGCUGUGGAUAACAUCACCACUGUCGACAUCCCCGCAUGGGCCGUCAUGAACAAAGUGAAAGGCAGCUUCUUGAAGUCCAUGAUGGUGAACGCUUUAGGGGUUGACCUCUUCUCCACUCACACUGUGGAUGAUUUGCUCUGGGGUUACGAAGAUCGCCUGCUGACCAGCCUCUCUGCCACCUCAUCUGACGUGGAGAAGGUCUUUGGCCUCAUGCACAAGAAAAAUGGAAGCAAUGAUGGGGAAUUUAUCUACCACACUGGGCAGCAGGACUACAUGGACUAUGGCCUGGUCAAGACGUGGAAAGGUCAAAGCAAGCUGACAUUCUGGACGUCUGACCAAAGCAACAGCAUCAAUGGAUCCGAUGGAAGUGCUUUCCAUCCUCUGCUGAACAAGGACGAGCGCAUUUACAUCUUCACCCCAGACCUGUGCAGGUCGAUUUAUAUGGAGUUUGAGAAAGACGUGGAGGUGAAGGGAAUCCCAGCCUAUCGCUUCACACCGCCUCGCUCCGUUUUGGCCAGCAAAGAGGAGAAUCCAGCAAAUGAGGGUUUCUGUGUCAGCUCAAAGGAGUGCCUGGGAACCGGCCUUCUCAAAGUCAGCCCCUGUCGGAAAGGCGCACCAGUGGUCGCCUCCUUCCCUCAUUUCUACCUGGCAGACGAUCAAUAUGUGAACGCCAUUCAGGGACUGUCCCCACAAAGAGAGCACCACCAAACGUACCUCGACCUUAACCCAACCACAGGCGUGAUCGUACGUGCAAACAAGAGAGCACAGAUAAACGUACUGGUUCAAAAACUUGCUGGAUUCCCGAAAACAAGAGGCGUGAAGGACACAAUAAUCCCAGUUAUGUUCAUCAAUGAGAGUGUGGUGAUCGACGAUGCGUCUGCAGCACGAGUACAGAAGCUGCUUCUGAUUUCCAAUCUAGUGUCCAACUUCCCGCUCAUCAUUGUGGGAUUGGGCGUCAUCCUGCUCUUGGUCCUCGUCAUCCUUCUGGUGCGGGCUCACAGAGAGAAGAGCGAAGUUAAGCGCAUUGUGUUUUCCAAGUCUCCCCACGCUACGUCUGCUGAAGAGGACACCUCUUACACACCAGUCAACAAAAAGGAAAAGGAUGAUCCGCAAAAUGGAACCUUUAUUGGUUUGGCGGAAAAAGCCGACCCUGUCGCUUGAGUGGGAGGAGCCUUGUACAUCGAAUUCAGAAUUACAUAUAGGGAUUGGGGUUGUUCAGAGAGAGAAAAAAAAACUUUCAAUGGUGGGGGGUGGGCAGAGGGAUAAAGGGCACACAAUGUCUAAACAUACAGCUCAGUGCUGUUUAUGGACUUGGAGAGCGACCUGAAGUCCAUGUCUCGGACAUCACCUUGACGUCAAGGUGCAGUUCUGUUUUGCGAUCAGAACUUCAGCAGAUUUGAGGGACACAGAGAAUGAUUUGGGGACCAGGGUUAUGAAAUUCACACAUACAGCCAUACAAUCAUGCCUUUUUGACUGACAUUUAAAUCCAAUGUUACUAUAUUUUGUGAGCACUUAAGAGUGUGGCCUUUUUUGUGUAUAUAUAAACAGUGUGAGAUGAAUUCGAAUAUCAGUGGCGCAAAUGGAUAGUUACUAUUUUGUAAAAUAAAAUGUGCUCAUUUUUUGUAAAUUUUAAUGUAGGACUGAUUGAAUGAAGGACAUAUUUCGUCAAAAAUGUUGAUUUAGUGCCGCAACAAGCAAUACUUUUCCCCAGCCGUCCAAAUCCCUGAAUGUGAUGGGGAUUUUCUUGUCGAAACAGUAUUUUAUAUAUUACUGAAUUCAUGACAGUGUGUAUACUCACUGACAUUGUAAUUCAGCUUUUUAUCAUUUAAAAAUGUGCUUUGAUGAUGCUGUUGUUGACGUAGGUUUGGUGCUGAAAAAUGAGCCCCAUUUUUAUUCAGUGCUGUUGAAAAGACCAGUCAUUUUUUAAUACAGUAUGAAGGAAUGCUAUUGCUGUGCCUUUAAAACAAUCAAUAGCACUGUGUUACCAACGCCUUUUAAAGAUUUCGUGUUGGUGUGACAGGAUGAACAAAUCAACUCUGAAGUGCAGAUGGUUGUCUUGCAGCUACCUUUUUUUUUCUUCCUUUUUUAUUUCAGCUUUUGCAAAAGACUGAAACUGCACUGUGACAACACACAUGUUUCUCACUCAAAGCUGGUGAACAUAUGAUACUUCAGGUGCCGUAUGAGGCGAUGUGACAAUGCUGCAGUUGAACUCAAAUGAAACUGUGACAAGGCUGGCUGUUUUUUCUGCUUUCAUUCUUAGUUGUAUUAUUUUAUGAAUGCGUUACUUUGGCUGUAAACAAUGGUGGAGAAGCUGUAACAUGUAUCGCUUAUAAACGUUUGCUUUCUUGUGUGAUAUUACUUUUUAUUUGUAUUUGAUGUAUAGUUUAAUUUAGUUAACAGUUCGUACAAUAAUAAUUAUAAAAAAUAAAAAAAAAAAAAUAAUUUUUUUUUUUUAAAGAACAGAAAUUAAGGUGGAUGAACUGAUGAAUUGGUAAUUUUCUUGAUUUAAAAAGACAAACAAACAGUAUUAGACAAUAUUAUUGUCAUGGUUUAAAUUAUUUUGUUACACCGACAAAACCAAAACACAGAAAGCACAGGCUUGUGCAACUUUUUUUGUGCCAUACUUUGAUAGAGAUUGUACUUUUAGACAUGACCAUGAAAGCAUUGUCAGCCUUUUUUGAAGUGUUGACCGUUAAUAAUGUUUGUACCUUGUACACAAAAAUAAAAGUAGUUUCAGUAAAUAUA